UUGAUUUGGAGAAUAGGAACUGAAAUUCUGUGCCAUCAUUCCCAUAGCAGCAUGAAAGAGUUCAACUCUUUCAUAGAACAGAUUAAAACUUCAGGGGUAAAAAGGUAUUUGAAGGUUUGUUUAGAGCAUGCCUUUCGCCUCCUUUGUAAUGGACUAGUAGAUGAAGCUUACCAAAUCCUGUCCGUGGCAGAAAGCUGGAGAUUUGGAGAACAAACAGCCAUUCAGGAUAAAGAAAUGAAGCUGAUUCAGGCUUACAAGGGACUGUUGGACUACUAUAGCUGGUGUAAGCAGAAGAACAUCUUGUUAGAGAAUGAGCGGGAUGGAUUUGAAGACUUGUCUGUUGAACAGGAAAUGCACAGUUGCUUUCGGAAGGCAGCAGUCAACUUAAAAGAGAUAAUUAAAAUGCCUGGAGUCUGGGAUCUCUUUGUGAAAUGCUACGUGGAUUUGUUGGAGUUCUAUGGAGACCAUAAUGAAGCCCGACAAGUAUUAAAUGAAUAUGCCUACAACUCAAAGUUUCCUGCUAAUCCCAAUGCUCAUGUUUACCUCUAUCAGUUCCUGAAGAGACAUGGUGAACCAAAGAAAUCGCUCAUCUCUGCACUCAAG